CGUUGAGCCAGGGUCCAAAGGCGCGUCAUAACCAAACACAGUUCUCCUUCAGCCGACCCAGAGCAGCAGCAUGGCAGGAGCUGUGGACGCAGCCUCGGUGCUCCGGGGAGCCCGGGCCCUGUUUUACAUGGUCUCCCCCAACGAAACCUCCUUCCAACACGUGGAGGAAGUCCCGCAGUACAUCCAGCAGGCAACGCCCUUCUUCAUUGGCCUGAUGGUGCUGGAGGUGGUGGUGGGUUGGCUGAAGAAAGGCGUCUCUGUGGUCACCAUCAGCGAUGGAAUCACGUCCAUAUCUGCUGGGAUGAUCUCCAGACUGCCAGCGCUGUUGCUGAUGAACUGGGAGCUGAGCAGCUACCUCUACAUAUGGAACCACCUCCACGUGGUGGAGCUGGCCUGGGACUCGGCUUGGACUUGGUGGCUGACCUUCCUGGGAGUGGAUUUCUGCUACUACUGGGUCCACCGCUUCGCUCACGAGGUGGCCGUUCUGUGGGCGGCCCACCAGGUUCACCACAGUUCAGAGUACUACAACCUGUCCACGGCCCUGAGACAGUCAGUCACACAGCAGCUCUCAUCAUGGAUGUUCUACCUGCCCAUGGCUCUGGCUGUUCCCCCUGCUGUCUUUGCAGUUCACCUGCAGCUGAACCUGCUCUACCAGUUCUGGAUCCACACUGAGCUGAUCAGAGACCUUGGACCCCUGGAGUGGAUUCUCAACACGCCCAGCCAUCACCGAGUUCACCAUGGGCGGAACCUCUACUGCAUCGACAAGAACUACGGCGGGGUUUUGAUCAUAUGGGACCGGUUGUUUGGUACUUUUGCUCCAGAGACAGAUAAGGUGGUAUAUGGGCUCAUAUUUCCCAUCAACACGUUUGAAAUCCUCUGUGUUCAGUUUCACUACUAUGUACAUUUGUGGAGAACAUCCAGCAGCUACAAGAAGACCAGCGACAGGUUGGCCACCUUCUUUAAUGGACCGAGCUGGUCACCUGGUCAGCAGAGGCUCGGCGAUCACAGCUACUGUCCCCAAGUUACCGGUGAGGAGGUGCCACAUGACCCCAGCUGGCCGAUGGCGUCCCGUGUCUAUGUAGUGGUGCACUUCCUGCUGGUGCUGGGUCUUUACCACCAUGUGUUCGAGAGCCAGUCAAUGCUGUCCCAGUCAACCGUCCUGCUGAUGAUCGGCUACAUCCUGCUGACCCUCACCGCCCUCGGCCUGAUUAUCGACCAGAGGCCGGCGGCGCCCAUCAUGGAGAUGCUUCGCUGUGUUGUCAUGGUGAUGAUGCAGCGAUACGGAUACAUGACGCCCCUCCUUCCCAAAGUGGCAGUGGAGGCCUGUGUCUCCCUCUCUCUGCUGGUUUGGGGUGUGCAGAUCUUCUCACAGAUCAUCGGCACCAAGAACAAGUCUGACUGAUCCACCACAAACCACCCACACACUGGUGCUCAGAAGAUCCUGGCUUUCGUACAAUAGAAAUAUCAGCCUAAAAUUACUUCAGUCAUAAUUUAACCAACUUUAAAUGGUGUUUAUUCAAAAUGAUCAUCUUGUCUAAAAUUGUUGUCAAGUCACAAAUUUGCCUCAGUGAUUGUAUGAUUUUGUGAUGACAAUCACUACUGGCACCUUGUAACGUUUAGAAAGGUGCGAUAUAAAUCAAGGUUAUUAUUAUUAUUGUUGUUCACUGCAAUCAUAUAAUUCAAUUUUUUGUAAGUGGUAACAUUUUCAAAUGAAAACACAGCUGUCCUGUUAACAAGGCUGUCGCAUGCAAUGAUACCACCGCUUGUUUCUUCACAUGACAUUGGGAAUUUUAGUAAGGCUUUAAAAUCAGAUCAGAUUAGAUUGGAUUAGAUUAGAUUAGAUCAGAUCAUAUUAGAUUGAAUCAAAUAUUAGAUUAGAUCAGAUCAGAUUAUAUUAGAUUAGAUCAGAUCAUAUUAGAUUGGAUCAGAUCAUAUUAGAUGGGAUUAGAUUAGAUCAGAUCAUAUUAGAUUGGAUUAAUUAGAUCAGAUCAGAUUAGUUUAGAUAAAAUCAUAUUAGAUCAGAUCAUAUUAGAUUGAAUCAGAUCAUAUUAGUUUAGAUAAGAUCAUAUUAGAUCAGAUCAGGUCAUAUUAGAUUGGAUCAGAUCAGAUCAUAUUAGAUUGGAUCAGAUUAGAUCAGAUCAUAUUAGAUUAGAUUAGAUAAGGUCAUAUUAGAUUGGAUCAGAUCAGGUCAUAUUAGAUUAGAUUAAAUCAGGUCAUAUUAGAUUGGAUCAGAUUAGAUCAGAUCAGGUCAUAUUAGAUCAGAUCAUAUUAGAUUGGAUCAUAUUAGAUCAGAUCAGGUCAUAUUAGAUCAGAUCAUAUUAGAUUGGAUCAUAUUAGAUCAUAUCAUAUUGGA